GCACUUUGUUGCCAAGGUAGAGAAUUACUGGAAUUACUUACUUCGCAUUUUGUUUAAGUUCAGUGUAUAUAAUCUUUGGGUUUAGUUUCCGAAAGAUUAUAAAGAACUAAAUAAAUUACGAUACGUUAAUUACGUACAACAAAAAGCAAAAAAAGAAUCGGGUGUGGAGGGUUAAAAACAUUUUAGAAAUCGCGAAAAUUGUCGUAGAUUAGAUGCUGUCAUGUUUUGAAUUAUUGUGAUAGUUGGCAAUUUUGUGAAAUUCAGGGAAUCACACUUAUUUCUUAUUUGUGACUCAAUAUUAUUUCAUCAUACUGAAAUAAAUCACAAUUUGUAAGAAUUUUAUGUACUUAUCAAAUACAACAUAAAACCAAACCGUCACCAACCCCUUACCACGAUUGGGAUUAUUUGAUGUUCUCUCAACGAUGGGCUAUAACAUCGUGUGCCGAAUGGCAAGCAGCCAAACCAGACAAUAAUUGUACCAUGCCGUCAAAUAAAGACCAAUGGGAGGUCCACGGAAUAUGGCCUACGAAAAUAGGGACAGAAGGUCCUUUAUUUUGCCCUUCUGCUAUACACUUCGACCCCGAUCUUCUGGAUCCUCUUUUAGAUGAUCUCAAGGAACAUUGGACUAAUAUAGAAGGGAAUACAAAACCUUAUUCGUUUUGGAAACACGAAUGGGACAAACAUGGGACUUGUUCCGUGACAUUACCACUGCUGGAUAGUAUUCCAAAUUUUUUUAUGAAAGGUUUGGAAUGGAACAAAUUAUAUAAUCUUACCAAUAUGUUAGCACAAAGUAACAUAGUUCCAAGUAGUAACGGUUAUUCUGUAGAAGAAGUAGCCGGUGCAAUUAAAUCAAUUACAAAGUACGACCCGAUGAUCCAGUGUGUUGUAGAUCCGCAUACUAAGUUAUCGAUGAUAAGCGAAAUUAGGAUAUGUCUUAAUAAAUCAUUUGAACUAAUAGAUUGUGAUCCGACGAAUCCUGUUAAUAAUAAAUUGAAAUCGGUGAUAACGAAUUGUGGUGAAAAGAAACCAGUUAUGUAUUUAGCUGAGGUUCCUAAUAAAUUAGUAUCAUACCAGAUGGAUUAUAUUGAUGAAUAUAUGGAGGAGGAGAUGAUUAGAACGUCAUUCUACAUGGAAUUUUAUGAAUUAUUGAAAUUUCUUAUUUGGAUUACUAUUUAAAUUAUUUUUUGUAUAGGGUGAAGUUAUAAAUUAUUUUUUUUUCUACAGAAAUUUGACUUAAAGUUUUUUCAUUCGAAAUCACUUUAAAGCCGAUUGAAAUUAGGUUGAAUAAAUGCAAAGGUUUUUAUAAUAAUUUAAGGGUAUUACAGGGUUAUAAGGUUGUAGAUAAUUCUUAAAAAAUUAUUUUUUUUGUCUAAUUUUUCAUUUAUUUUAAACUUAGAGUAAAUUUUGUUGUUCUAGUAAAGAACAAUGGUUUAAUUCUUCAUUAGGGAACAUUUGUACUCAUUAUUUAAUUCAGAAUAUAUAUUUUAUCAAAGUUUUAACAAAAAAAUGACAUUUUUUCAUUAUAGUUCAGACAUUUUCUCAAAAUUACUGCUUUUAACUCUACAUAGAGUAUUUUUUAAAUUUCGGUCAAGUUUUUAAUUGGAUAAAUCUAAAAAAAAAAACAAUUUUUUGGCCCAAUUUUUCAUAUAUUUUCAAUUAUUUCACCCAGGAAACCAGUUUGUUCUUGUAUUGAAGAACUAGACAUCAUUAAAUAAUUUCUUAUUGAUAUAUUUAACUUCUGGUGUUCGAAAGGAUGUAAGCAUCGGGAACAUCAAGGGAAAUUUACAUUAGUUCACUAAAAUUUAUGAAAAAUUGGUUUAUCUGUACAUUAGGGCACAUUUAUACCAAUUAUUUGUUAUAUAUUUAUAUAUUUAUUAUUUUCAGAAAAUCUUAGAAUUGUAUCAGAACUAAUUGUUAUAAUAUUUUUUAAUAAAUAAGCCAUAAUAAUUCCAUCCUUAUUAAUUGGAAGCUAUUUAAACAUAAAAAAACUUUAUAUUAAGUAGAAAAUACUUAGAAACGAGAUUAGAAUCAUUGUGUUCUAUUUCUGUAUCCUACUUAACACUAUUUACUACACUGUCUAGUCCUUCAAGGAUUCCAUAAACAUCUAGUUCAGUUAAUUAGUGUUAGUGUAGUGUACAGUAUGUCACAGUUCCAUAAAUUCCAACUUCGUAACAUUAAAUUUGUACAGAAAACUUCCAGCAUACUUUUAUAUUUGUAUAUUUAUCCGGUAACAUUGCUAAUGAUACGCUGUAAUUUUUUUUUAUUUAUAAUAAAUGGUAUAUAAUAAAAGUUAUAA